AUGUGUACUAAAUAUUACGAUGCAUUAGUCGUUGGUGGUGGUUUCGGCGGUAUUACCGAACUUUUUAAAUUGAGACAAGCUGGUUAUUCAGUUCAUGGUUUAGAAAGGGGAGCCUAUUUAGGAGGUGUAUGGCAUCACAAUCGCUACCCAGGAGCAAGAGUUGACACCGAAGUUCCUUGCUACCAAUUAUGGUUGGAAGAAACCUGUAAAGGCUGGAUUUUUUCAGAACGUUUUCCUGGAUAUAAAGAGUUGCAAAAUUACUUCGAAUAUGCAGAUUCACAAAUCCACGUGAGUAAAGAUUAUACUUUCGAAUCAAAUGUCAGUAAAGCACACUGGGACCAAGAAAAUACUUGUGGGAUGUUCAAGUUACUGGGAAAGGAGAAGGUAAUUACAGAUGUAAAUACUUGA